UGAAAUAAACGCGUGCCGUCCGUCGCUCUAGGCUCCCACGUUGUCAAUCACGAUCUCCUUUGUCUUGACAUGUUAAUCUUGUAUUAAUUAUCAGACUGUACCGUCUUCGAUCUCGUACAUGAACGUAAUUAUAUUGACAGUUUGAAUGGUGUCAAAUUGUGUCUAGGUUAGGAACUUCCAUGGUAUAUUCAUCAUGCUUCGUAUCCUAACCAACAAAUGCUCUCGCAAUAUUGGCUCUUCUCUCACAGAACUUUCCUUGUUAAGCUUAGAUUCAGUAUUUCGACGAAUAUCCAUCCAACAACCUCUUUCGAGCGAGCUGAAAAGACGUCUAAAGGCCGAACAGAAGGCUAAAGAAAAAGCUGAAAAAGAGACGGCAGCAGCUGAAGUCAAAGCGGCAUCCGUUAAGGAUAAGAAACCAUCCCUAAAGGAAGAGGAGGAAAUUAGCCCAAAUGAAUAUUUCAAGUUGCGAACACAGGCAGUUAGCCAGCUUAAGGCAGCUGGGCAGCAUCCUUAUCCGCAUAAGUUCCAUGUUUCGACGUCCUUGGAAAUAUUCAUAGAGAGCUUUAGUCACAUUAAGGAAGGUGAGGUCCUAGAGAAUGAAACUCACAGCAUUGCGGGUCGUGUUCACGCUAUUCGUGAGUCGGGGGCAAAGCUGAUCUUCUAUGAUCUGCGAGGCGAGGGUGUAAAAAUCCAGGUGAUGGCCAAUGCGAGGCACUACGAGAAUGAGGAGAAAUUCUUCUCCGAUACAGCUAAGAUAAGGAGGGGCGACAUAAUCGGAAUCGUCGGUAAUCCGGGAAAAACAAAAAAGGGAGAGUUCUCGAUCAUGCCGAGAAGCAUAACUCUGCUCAGUCCGUGUUUGCAUAUGCUGCCCCAUCUCCACUUCGGCCUUAAAGACAAGGAAACGAGAUUCCGUCAACGAUAUCUAGAUCUUAUUUUGAACAAUAAGGUCAGGCAGGUCUUUCACGUUCGCGCAAAAAUAAUCGCCUAUGUACGCCGAUUCCUUGAUAACAUUGGAUUCCUAGAAGUUGAAACACCCAUGAUGAACAUGAUAGCAGGCGGUGCAACUGCUAAACCAUUCAUUACACAUCACAACGAUCUCAACAUGGAUCUCUUCAUGCGAGUCGCUCCUGAACUUUACCACAAAAUGCUCGUUGUUGGGGGAAUAGAUCGAGUUUACGAGAUAGGAAGACAGUUUAGAAAUGAGGGAAUAGACAUGACUCACAACCCAGAGUUCACGACGUGUGAAUUUUACAUGGCAUAUGCGGACUACAACGAUCUGAUGACAAUAACCGAAAACAUGUUGUCUGGCAUGGUGAAGAGCAUUCACGGGACGUAUAAGUUAGUUUUUCACCCUGACGGCCCAGAUACCGAAGGAGUGGAAAUCGACUUCACACCUCCUUUCAAGCGGAUCCCAAUGCUCAAAACACUUGAAACAAUGUUGAACGUCAAGCUGCCCGAACCCGAUAAAUUGAACACGCCUGAAGCUGCAAAAUUUCUCAGCGAUUUGUGCGAAAAACACAAUGUUGAGUGUCCUCCACCGCGGACUACUGCCAGGCUUCUAGACAAGCUUGUUGGUGAGUUCAUAGAGGAAACGUGUGUUGAUCCAACAUUUAUUUUGGACCACCCCCAAAUCAUGUCACCAUUGGCAAAGUGGCACAGAUCAGCAAAAGGACUAACCGAGAGGUUCGAGCUUUUCGUUAUGAAAAAAGAAGUCUGCAAUGCUUAUACAGAGUUGAACGAUCCGCUUGUUCAGAGAGAAAGAUUUGAGCAACAGGCAAGCGACAAAGCAGCAGGAGAUGACGAGGCGCAGUUAGUUGAUGAAAACUUCUGCACUGCUUUGGAAUACGGCUUACCCCCAACGGCUGGAUGGGGACUCGGAAUUGACAGACUCACAAUGUUCCUCACAGACUCUAAUAACAUCAAGGAGGUAUUAUUUUUCCCUGCUAUGAAACCAGACGACCCAAACAAACACCGAGAGACGAAUCAGGAAGCUGAAAACAAAACUGAUUAACAUCUAGGGUCGAUAUAAAGAAUAGUGACUUUAUCUAAAAUCGAGUGUUACCGGUGACUAUUUACGAGCAUCAUCUCAAUUUUAAAUCAUCAUUCUUUUGAUUGCAAAUAAAGAAUCAACUCGUAUUAUUGGGAUAAA